CAAUUUCCCGGCGAGCUAUCCUUCCGCUCUGAGGUGAAGGUGCGUCCGGCUCGGCGCGACCGCAUCGUGGUGGUCCUGGCGCACAAGAUCUUUGUGUACAACUUCUCGAUCUUAAGGUGCUGCACCAAAUUGAGACCAUCGCGAACCCUAAGGGCCUCUGCGACCUCUCCCACGUUUCGGCCACCAUGGUCCUAGUCUGCCCCGGGUUGCAGAAGGGGCAGGUUAGGGUUGAGCACUACGCCUCCAAGAGAACCAAGUUCAUCAUGGCGCACGAUUCCCGAAUUGCUUGUUUUUCUCUCACGCAUGAUGGCAGGUUGCUCGCCACCGCCAGCUCCAAGGGCACCCUCAUUAGGCUCUUCAAUACCCUCGACGGUUCAUUGCUCCAAGAGGUAAGGAGGGGUGCAGACCGAGCAGAGAUAUACAGCCUUGCAUUCUCUCCUACUGCGCAGUGGCUUGCUGUUUCUAGUGACAAGGGGACCGUUCAUGUUUUCAACCUGAAGGUUGAUUCUGGACUGAUGGGGCAUGACAGAUCGAACAGUACUUCUGAGGCUAAUCCUGCUAACCCUACUGCUGUUUCAUCUCUUUCAUUUAUUAAAGGUGUGCUACCUAAGUAUUUUAGCUCGGAGUGGUCCGUGGCUCAAUUUCGCUUGCAAGAAGGUUUGCAGUAUAUUGUGGCAUUUGGCCAUCAAAAGAAUACAAUUGUAAUACUAGGCAUGGAUGGCAGCUUCUACCGAUGUCAGUUUGACUCCUCGAGCGGUGGAGAAAUGACCCAACUUGAAUAUUAUAAUUUCCUAAAGGCAGAAGACACAUUCUAGUUGAGUAUGGAUGCAUCAUGUAUAUACCUUCAGUGGAUCUUGCUUUCAAUACUAUUUGGAUUUUCUGUUCAGUUCGUUGUUUGAAACUUUUAAACUGUAAAUAUGAGUACUGCUAAAUCCACUAAUGUUGUUCAAUUUACUCUGUUGGGUGCUUGUAUAUAUGAAUUAUUAACACCUGAUUACAAAUUAGAAUGAAUUGUCAGCAGCAUUGUCUCCA